AUGUCCUCUGCAAAUAUAGGAGAUGUAGGACCAGGUAGUACAAUGGCUUACAGUGAUCAGAAUGGAAGUAAUUCAAUUGAUCAUUCGGGUACUUCUCAAGGAAGUACUGCUAAUACAAUAAGUGGAGACAAUUCAGAUAAUGCGUCUGUUUUCUCUUUUAUAUCCGAUAAGUUAACAUCGAUAAAAUUGAAUUUAUUCAACUCCUCUAAGCCACACAAACUAAGUCGUGAAUUUCUUUCCUUGGAGAAAUUGGGAUUUCGACGAGCUUUCCUUGUUUUAAGCUAUCUAGGAGGGAGGAAGCUUGAGGAUGUAGCUUCUGUUCGCUAUAUUAAAGGUCUAGUAUCUGAAAGUGAAAAACUUACUAUGGGAUCUUUUGAGAACCUGGUGUGGGGUCGAUAUGGUGAUGGUAUUGCUUUGUGUGCAGAGAUGGGACCUAGUGUACCUGGAAGCACACGGCAGGAUAUAUAUUUUUGUUCCAGUUUCCAGGAUCAUCCACAGCAGUCAGUUUUCUGGUCACUUUUUUCACCUUGCCGAAAUGGCGUGCCUCAUCAAGUUGAUCCCUCCUUGUCACUUUCAUUUAGCAGUUCAAUAACACAACAACCUCCAAUAGCAGUUCCUGAUUCAGGAGGCUUCGGCCUAACAGCUUUGCAGCCAGGUAUUUUAGAUGGCCCACUGUUGACUGUAUCCUCCCCUCUUCAGCCAACUCAUUACCUCUGAAGUCACUCACUCUUAAACUUGUUUACUUCUUUUUCUUUUUCAACAUUCUGGAGGGACCAAUGAGCAUAGAGAUGUAAUUAUUUUAUUUAUUUUUCCUAAUUUCUUCUCCAACACAAAAAAAAAACAUUGUGGUAAGGAGGGAUCACAGUGAUUAAGCGCCUUGGAGCUAUUUGUGAAUAUGUUAAAGCAGUUAACACAAGAAUCAAGAAUAUGAUUCCGGGCAGCAGCUAUUUUUUUUUUGUUGGGUGUCAAGAGAAACCGUUAGAUGGAAUAUAUUGUUGUAGAUAUUUCAAGCUUUUGUAUUGUAAGUCUUACUGAUUUGAUGUGGUUCUAUUUAAUAAUAUGAGUUGUCCACCAUAUAUAUAUAUAUAUGUAUAUAUUAAAAUGAAA